CUUCCGGGUUCUCAGAAUCAUCACAACAAAGUUCAGGAGGGCUCCAAAGUUGAACGGACACGUGGCAUUUUGUGCGUUAUUCCGAUCAGAAAGGCCACCUUUUUGGUUUCAAACUCCUUGGGCCUAGGGGGAAAUGUUGUGUUAACGGUUUUCAGAUCCUAGCAGAUAAAUAAAUCCUAUGAAAACCCGCCUUUCUUUUGGUUGACCCGCAAACAUGCACGUUACGUAUAGGUCAGGUUCUCUAGGUUAGUAGGUGAGAGGUUCUUAAGUCCACGUACCCAGACCGAGCUGGUCCGAGUCAAGUUCGUAGCUGCUUUCCUGCAAAUUAUGGCCUCGCAGCAAGACGAGAGCGGGGUGUGGAGCGUGCAGCGGCCCGGCAUCACUACGGAGGAGUCUCAGGGGAUCUACUCCACCUGGGCACCUGGGUAUGACAAGGAUCUGACAAAAGAGAUCUACAAGGGCCCAGAACAGAUAGCAGAGGCUCUGGCGGGGAUUUUGGGAGACAGAAAAGAUGCUCGUAUUCUGGACGCAGCGGCGGGUACUGGACUAGUUGGCGAAGAGCUACGUAAAUUGGGAUUCAGCAACUUGGACGCACUGGACGCCAACAAAGAAAUGCUGAAAGUCGCUGAAGGCAAGAACGUGUACAAAAACUUGAUCCAGGACCUUCUGGGGCCCAAACGACUACAGAUAGCCGACGACACGUAUGACGCCCUGUGUUGUUCUGGCUCCUUCUCUCACGGACACCUGAAGUGUGACUGUUUGGAGGAAAUGAUCAGGGUCGUGAAGCCAGGCGGCAUCAUUUGUCUGAUUGUAAAGGAGGUGUUCCUCCAGUCAGAGGAAGAGUACAAGAAGCUGGAGCCACGUAUGUCAGAGCUACAGGACCAGGGCCUCUGGGAGAACAUGUCCAGGGUUGUUGCCAAGGACUACGCGGACGAUUACAAUGGAAUCAUCUUCACCUACAAAGUUCUGUAAACUUCAUGUAAAACAAGGACGGAACAUGGAAAUUUUGUGGCUA